CCUUUCCAUGGCAGCUUUCUUGAUCAUCUUCUUCUUAAUCGCCCCCUCGAUACGACGCUGUCGUGCCGACAAUAGACUCGACCUCGUCGCGCGUUCAUGCGAGACGGCCACCGUGAGGAGCAAGGAUGAUUACUUGAAGAAUUACAAGUUGAUACUCCGACACAUGGAGCCGGAAAUGUAUAGGAACAAGUUUGCGUUUCACGAAGCCGGAAAGCCGCCGGAUAAACUUUACGUGUUGUCUCAAUGCAUGGAUGAUUUUUCGAGAGUCGAAUGCGCUCAAUGCUUUACGAGGAUCACUAAUAUUUUGCAUGCAUGUUUUCCGACCACCGGCGGUCGUGUUUACCUCGAUGGUUGCUUCAUAAGGGCUAACAAUUAUAGUUUCUAUAGGGAAGUCACUUCACAUGCCGAUAACGAAAGAUGCAGCGAUGAUGUCGAAACCAGCGACGAUUUCAAGAUGGUCUUGAAAAAAAUGUUGCCCAAGAUGGUCCAGGAGGCUCCCUACAGAAAAGGGUUCGCCUUGUACAAGGAGUCGUGGAACGGGACCACCGUCCACGGGAUGGCUCAGUGCUGGAAGAUCUUGGACAAGGACAUGUGCUCGUCCUGCCUUGCCGACGCCGUCGACCUCGUCUACCACUGCAUGCCCGCCAAGGAAGGCCGUGCGCUCAACGCCGGCUGUUUCUUGCGUUAUUCCACUUACAAUUUCGCUCACAACACCUCCGUCGCCGCAGUCCGAUAUGCUAUAGUAUCAUUCAUAAUUUACAUCCUUAUUACGGCGAUCGUCUGCUCGUUGGCCGUAGCCGUCGGGCUGCGGUUGGGGAAAAUUGCCUAUAAACAGAUUAAUCCUCGACGCGAAUGGAAAGGAAAAGAGGUCGAUUUCGCCGCACUGGACCAGGCCAUGAAUUUCCUGCAAUUCAAGUUGUCAACUUUAGAGAAAGCAACCGAUUGCUUCAAUAAAGCUAACAAGCUUGGCUCUGGAGGAUAUGGUGAAGUAUUUAAGGGAACAUUACCGGAUGGACGAGAAAUCGCGGUAAAACGUUUAUACGUAAACGGAAGGAGCCGAAGCAGAGAAAUAUACAACGAAUUGGAUGUUAUCAGUAAAGCACAACAUAAGAACUUGGUCCGUUGCCUCGGCGGUUGCUUCACCAUUAAUGAGAACUUCCUUGUCUAUGAAUACCUUGCCAACAAUAGCCUUGAUUGUAUUUUAUUUGAUCCCGAGAAGAAGAAAGAGUUGGAUUGGGAGAAAAGGCAUAAAAUCAUAAUGGGAACAGCCGAAGGGUUGGAAUAUCUACACAAAGGCUGCGAAGUUCGGAUCAUUCAUAGGGACAUCAAGGCCAGUAACAUCUUGUUGGACCUCAAAUUCCGACCGAAAAUUGCCGAUUUUGGCCUCGCUAGACUAUGUUUGCGCGAUACCGACAAGUUUCAUCUCGUCAACAACACCGUCGCCGGCACUUUUGGAUACAUGGCUCCGGAGUACAUUGCGAAAGGAAGAUUAACGGAGAAAGUAGAUGUUUACAGUUUCGGAGUUCUAAUGCUCGAAAUCAUCAGUGGAGUGAAGAACACCAAAAUCGAAUCCAAUAAUAAUCUCGAAACAUUAGUCACAGAUGGUCCAAACAGUCCAAUAAGUCAGACGGGCCUGAUCCAGCCCAGAGGUCAAAUUAGGGUUCCAGUAUAUGUCAGCGCCACACAACAGGGGACCGUUGGAUCAACAAAGAGAUCAACGGCCAAUAUAGCAAGGGAAUCAGGGUUUGUUUAA